GCUCCUCUCUCUUUAUCUCUCUCUCUCUCUCUCUCUCUCUUUCAUUCAGACCACACCAAACUCGAACCCCAAAUCUCCCAUCCUCAAGACCCAAACAUCCCUUCACAAUUCUUUAAAUCAAAACCUAUAAAAGACUUCUUACUUCAAAAAUUUCCCCCUUUAACCCCUUGAUUUCAACGCUUUUCCCUCCAACUCUUGGGUGUUUCUCUUCUGGAUCUCUUUCAUAACCCUAGAUUUCUCACGAUUUUAUUCUAAUCUACCCCCAAUUUUGUAUCAAUAUCGUGUUUUGUUGUGAUAAUCUGGAUCUUUUAGCUUGGAAAAGAAAAACCCAGAAGCUAUUUUUUUUGUGAUUUUGUACUUUUUUGUCGUUGACUUGAAUAGGGAUCAAAGAAUUUAGGGAAAACAAUUUUCAUUUUUGUUCUUGAGAAGAGAAACCCAGAUUUUGUUUUGAUUAAAGGAAGGGAUAAAAGCGUGAAAGUUGUUAAAUUUGUGUAUAAAAAUUUAGGGAUUUUAUUGAUAAGUGAGGAACAAAGCAAGAUAUGGCUGAACAAGGUGGCUUGGAAGGGAGCCAGCCGGUGGAUCUUUCCAAGCACCCGUCUGGCAUUGUUCCCACUCUUCAGAACAUUGUAUCAACUGUAAACUUAGAUUGCAAGCUGGAUCUGAAGCAGAUUGCCUUGCAAGCCCGUAAUGCCGAGUACAAUCCCAAGCGUUUUGCUGCCGUCAUUAUGAGAAUAAGGGAACCAAAAACUACAGCUUUGAUUUUUGCUUCUGGAAAGAUGGUCUGCACUGGUGCAAAGAGUGAACAGCAGUCAAAACUAGCAGCAAGAAAGUAUGCUCGGAUCAUCCAGAAGCUUGGUUUUCCAGCAAAGUUCAAGGACUUCAAGAUUCAAAAUAUAGUUGGUUCUUGUGAUGUUAAAUUUCCUAUCAGACUUGAAGGUCUUGCAUACUCCCAUGGUGCUUUCUCAAGUUAUGAACCAGAACUCUUUCCUGGCCUUAUAUAUCGAAUGAAACAACCAAAAAUUGUGCUUUUAAUUUUCGUCUCCGGAAAGAUUGUGAUCACAGGAGCUAAGGUAAGAGAUGAGACCUACACGGCAUUUGAGAACAUAUACCCUGUGCUUACUGAGUUCAGGAAGGUCCAACAGUGACAAGCAGAUGAUACGUAUUUGAAUUGAGAGCUUCUACUCUGUAGUGGAUAGUUUUCAGUUCAGAAACUGCUUUUUUUUAAUCGCUGGGUGUUGGAGGUUGAUUCAAGUGUGAAUAUAUAUGAAGCAUGGGCUGAGAGAGCUGGCUUUUACGCUUGUGGCUAUGGUUAUUUCAUUAGGGUCAUUGUAAUUUGGUCCUGUUCCUGGUCAGACACCUUCCCAAAAAAUUGGUACACGAUGAGCUGAAAUAUCCUGUGUAAUUACUCAUUUGGUGAGAGGGAGUGAAGCACAUAUAUGUUUCCUGAAUAAUUUAAUGUGAACCAAAAAGUUUUUGGAUGUUUUUAGUAAUAAGAACUUUGUUCCAAUUUUGAUUACUGAUGAAUA